AUGCUCAACAAGACCAAAACUCUUCUCUAUGGUCAUCAGGAUUGGGUGAGAUCGCUCGCUGUCUGUCCGAAUAAACACACCACCAUCUCGGGUUCCAAUGAUCACACCAUUAGGACAUGGGAUCAUGUGAGAGGUUUUUGUGAUCGGGUUCUGCUGGGACAUGAUUCCACUGUGAAUGCACUGAGUGUGAUGAGUAAUAAUAAUUUAAUAAUAUCUGGAGGUGCAGAUCAUACUGUAAGAAUUUGGGAUACUCGUAACCCGAUCGGAAGUGAAUGUGUUCAUAUGGUGAGCCAUGUGAGUGAUGUGAAUGAUGUUACUUGUUGGAAUGAUUUGAAUACCACCACAAGUGGUGAGAAUUACACAUUCGGAAAUGAUCAUUUGAUUUACAGCGUUGGACAAGAUAUGAAAUUAAAUGUUUGGGAUUUAAGAAAAAUGUCCUCAUCGUCAUCUAUGACAACUUUGGGAUCACAACACCAAUCGAAUAUUAAUAGUUUUGGAUUUUCAAAUAAUUUUUCAACAAGUAUUUCGUCUGGUCAAUAUAAUCAUUCUUUUGGAAAUGUGAACUUGAAUUUUGGAUCAUCGUUUGGUGUCAUGACGAAUGACAGUCGUGAACAAUCCUUACUGAGCUCAAUAUCAACAAAUUUUGGAACACCAUUUUGUUGCCAAGUUGGAAUGAUCCAUAACGAACAAGUAAUCUUUGUAGGAUCAAAGAAUGGCAUGUUGAAAGCUCUCUCCUUAAAUGAAGAAAACAAUUCCUAUCAAAUCGUCAAAAGUUAUCAUGGUCAUUAUGGGGAUGUGAAUUGUUUGAGUUUUAACGCUGAAAAUUCGACCCUAGUCAGUGGUGAUAGUGGCAACAUGGUCCAUGUGUACAAUAUUCAUCAAGAAACACCCUUACAAACAUUGAGAGAUCAUGGCGAUAGUGUGACUUGUUGUCAAAUUCUUGGAAAUUCAAUUUAUACGGGUUCCAAGGAUGGCACCAUUCGUGAAUAUGAAUUCUCAAGUUCCGAACUUUCUCCGAAAAGAUGCUUGGAAAGGCUAUCCAUGCAAGUGUUUUCAAUUGCAGUCGGAAGAAAUCGAUUACUAUUUUGUGGAAGUGAUGAAGAGCCUGUUCGAUGUUGGGAUGUUUCAGGAUCCUGA